AUGGAACAAAGUGAAGACACCAUCCAGCAUGAACGAAAGAAUACGUUUCUGUCGCGGGUCUUUGGAGUUCAUUCGUCAGAAGUGGGUGACUCUAUCGAGACCGCGGAGCUGAGUCAGUACCCCAUACAAAUAGCACGCUCAGGAAGCAACGCGAUUGACGAGUCAAGAGUUAUUGAGUCGGACCAAGCGAGCUCAAGCGAGGAGGAAGAUACAGAUGGCCACGAUCUGUCUGUUGCGGAGAACAUGACUAGUUACAAUGGAGCACAGGGUUCCGGGAGCGAGGACUCCGAUGUGCCAUUUAGUGACCAGGAACUAGAGACUAUAGAGACAUACACGAUCGCCAAGGUAGGGCAGGGCUCUAGCAGUGAGGAUGAUCGACUUCAGGCCGAUUCGGCAGAGGAGGAAGAUGCGCUAUUGUUCCAACACCGGCUGCAAGAUGGGUCCAAGGGAAGAAAUAAAGUCAGUUCCCAGCCGCUGGGGUUGAAACGGAUAUUGGGAAGCAAGGGGAAGAGCAUAUUGGGGAAGGAACCUGCUAGCCAGGAAGACAGUUUCAUAUUCAGAAAAGGCCCCACCUGGGACGAGGAGAACCAGCUCAGACCUGAGUCGAAAAGGCCGGGCUUGUUGUCGGGUAAGUCCAACGCCAGGCUUUCCUCGCCAAGCAGGCCUAGUCCUCUAAGUGCGAGGGAGCGGGCGUUAUGGAAAUGGGCUAAUGUGGAAAAUCUCGACGGAUUUCUUCAAGAUGUUUACAGUUACUAUUUGGGAAAUGGGUUUUACUGCAUUAUGAUAGAGAAGAUACUGAACCUACUGACCCUUUUGUUUAUUGUGUUCAUUUCCACUUAUAUGUCUCACUGCAUUGACUACUCCAAGCUGCCCAAUGGCCAUAAGUUCAGCGAUGUGCGCGUGGACCAAUGUUACGAGACUCAGAUUACCGGGACUACCAAGCUUUUGUUUUGGAUAUUCGGAGUCUUUGUAGUUUUGAAAGUGGUGCAAAUGUACUUUGAUUUCAGGAGGAUACACGAGAUUCACAACUUUUACACAUAUCUGUUGAAUAUCUCAGAUAAAGAACUGCAGACUAUUCCUUGGCAAAGUGUAAUUCACCAGAUCAUGCGUUUAAAGGACCAGAAUGCUGUUACAGCGAAUGUUGUAGAAGUUAAAGCUAAGAAUCAUAUCGAUGCACACGAUGUUGCAAAUAGAAUUAUGCGAAAAGAGAAUUAUCUCAUUGCACUCUAUAAUAAGGAUAUUCUGCACCUUUCACUCCCAAUCCCGUUAUACCGAACGAGCACUUUAACAAAGACUCUUGAGUGGAACAUCCACCUUUGUAUCAUAGGGUUUGCAUUCAAUGAAGCCGGGUUUCUGAAGCAGAGCUUCCUAAAUCCAGCGCAGCGUGAAUUUUUAAGUGAAGAACUUAAGAAGAGGUUUAUUUUGGCCGGCUUUCUCAAUAUAAUUCUUGCGCCAUUCCUCGUCGUAUACUUCGUUCUGCUCUAUUUCUUCCGGUACUUUAACGAAUAUAAAACUUCACCGGGGUCAUUGAGCACUAGACAAUACACACCAAUUGCGGAAUGGAAAUUCAGAGAGUACAACGAACUAUAUCAUUUGUUCAAAAAGAGAAUGGGGCUCAGCUACGAGGUUGCUAAUACGUACAUUAAUCAAUUCCCAAACGCACUGGGAGACUACUUUUUCAAAUUUGUCAAGUUUAUCUCGGGUUCAUUCGUUGCGAUACUGGCAUUAAUGACUGUGCUUGAUCCAGAGAACUUUUUGAACUUUGAGCUGACAGCUGAUAGGACCGUAUUAUUUUAUAUGACAGUCUUGGGGACAAUAUGGGCAGUUUGUCACAGCGCAGUAAAUGAUAAUUGCAGCGUCUUUGAUCCAGAGGACUCCCUCAAAGAACUGAUAACAUAUAUUCAUUAUGCUCCAAAAGAAUGGGAUGGCAGGUACCAUACCGAUGAAGUGAAGCAGGAGUUUUGUAAGUUAUACAACUUACGGGUCAUACUUUUACUCAGGGAGCUUGCUAGUUUGAUAAUGACACCAUUCAUUCUGUGGUUUUCCCUUCCAAAUUCAGCUGAGAGUAUUGUAGACUUCUUCAGAGAGGUAACUGUAUAUGGUGAUGGUUUGGGUUACGUUUGUAAAUACGCCAUGUUUGAUGAGAACUGCAAGAAAGGCCUAAGGACUAAUAAACACCUACAGGGAACUCAAACAAAGUACGGUCAUUCUCUGGGCGAUGACCACGAUUCAAGUGAUGAAGAAACAGAUAAAGGUAUGAAUAAGAUGAUACAAUCCUACAUGUACUUUGUCGAUGACUACCAGAAUAGCGUUAAUGCAGUAGGAAAAUACCAGAUACCCAAAACCCAAAACCUGAGUCAUGAAUCGAAGUAUAAUAUGAAAUCUCAUCAGCACUAUUCAUGGAAAAAACAGUUUAAACUAGGAAGUAAACCUGAAGACUUCAAAAUUGGGUCCGUGACACCAAGAGCGCUAUCCUCCUCAAUUUUAGCUAAUAAGCCAAAAUCGAAUUUGAGGGCGAGAUUAGACCCAGAAAUAAGCCAUAGUAACGUGCAGUUUGAUGAUCUAGGCGAAUCUUUUAUUAACUCAAUUCCUGUAGCGGAUUAUGAUCCUAUUGAAAGAAGUGAUGCAAUGGGAGGCAAUGGGGUCCUUGGUUUACUGAAUCAAUAUUAUAGAAAGUCGGAUGUAGGUAGAUAA